CUGGUCAUUCCAUUUGGUGUGUUACAGACUUCACAAAAUGAGACUGUGGGUUUGGGUUUUUUUCCCCCUGCCAUUAAACUAAUUCAUUAUAGCAGAUGUCAUUACUUACAAAUAAAAAUGAGUGACGGGUGAACAGAUUUCAUCAGUCAUUCCUGUCAGUUGGAGUUCUCUUGAAAAGGGGAACCCAGAGGUAAAACUGACACUAUUCAGUAAUCACUCAAGAAAUCCGUACUUUGACGGAAGAGGAAGCUACUAUACACUCAAAAAAAUGAGCAAGCAUACCAGCUUUAGAAGACACAAGAUGUGUGGUCAUGAUGCAGGAGGGCUGAAGAACUUCUGGGAGAAAGUCAUCCAAGAGCAAACUAAGCAAAGAGAAUGUGAAGAGUCUAGGUUAAGCAAAAGCGCCCUGAGCAAACUCCGCCAUGAAUGGACUCUGCGGCUGGAAGGACGAGCAAGGCAGGUCCAGGCACAGAUAAAAACGCAGAAAGAACAGAUGAUGAUGCUGUCUAUUGAGACUCUUCCCUUACCAGAUAAAACUGUUGCUUAAAGUUACUGUGAAAACUCAGAAAGCAUUGGGCCUGACUCUGACCUUCUGCAUGCACCUAUAAACUAGCAGCUACACUACUGAACAAGGAAAAGGUCAGAAUCAGGCUCUUUUCCAGACUCCUACUGGGGCUCCUAAUAAGGUUCUACUGAAAUUCAGUGCAAAAAUAAGGUCACAGUACAAUAAUCUCAAAAAAAAAAAAAAAAAGAAAAAAGAAAAUAAUAGAUGAGAAGCAGACACCUUUAAUUUCCCAUGAUAUAUUAUUACUGUGAUGCAGCAGGACUUUCUUAUGUAACUGCAUCUGUGCAGAGUGACAACAACAUAUUUCUAGGAGAAAGGAUCACUUGUUUAAUGGGAAUAAUACGUUCAGGCAGCUGCAUGCAAAACUGCACAUUUCCAUUUGCAGAGCUCACAGAGUCUGGCUUAAUGCAGAUAUAAGCUCUUUGCCUGUCUUGAUGAGCUACAGUGAAGGGAGUUAAGGAUUACUCUGAUCAGCUGGACAGAAAAAGAAAUACAUUUUAAAAUGUAAUCAGGAAAAAAAAGAAAAAAAGCUUAUCAACAUGCAAGAAGAUUUACAGAAAUUAAUCGUUAAAUGAACAGAGGAAAGUAUUUUUACUUUCAUGGGGUAGGUAAGAAAAAGACUACUGAGGUUAUUAUGAACCUGUCUGAGAAAUGUCAGAGCAAGUGAGUAUGAAAGAGAGCUUGAAAUAGAAGCAGUGAAUCGGUUCAUCAUAAUAGCUUUGCAGGGCAUCACUUGCCAUAACUGGUGUGCACUAAUCCAAACACUUGCUUUGUUUCACCUUCUUCUAGAUCAGGUGAAAUAGAGGAAGGAAUAAUUAAACACAGGGUAAUAAUAAUGUGUUCUAUUUACUUAUAUAUCUAUUUAUCUAAAUACCAUAUUUUUUGGAAAAAAACCAAAAA